AUACUCCAAACCCGUCUCUCUCUCUCUCUCUCUCUCUCUCUCUCUCUCCAAUGGCGCUCUGCAAAACCGCUCUCUAGCGUCCAAGACCGCCAUCCCAAAACCGCCAAUGGCUCCACCAAUCCCCCUCAUCUUCCUUCUCCUUCUCUUCCUUCCCUUCUCAAAACCAGAUCUCCAAUCCGACAAAACCGCUCUUCUCGCCUUCAAAACCGCCGUUGGGAAAUCCCUCCCGUGGAACGCGUCCCUACUAGUCUGCCAAUGGCAAGGCGUGCACUGCGAGUCAAACCGCGUGACUAGCGUACGCCUCCCCGGCGUCGGCCUGAUGGGCCCCAUCCCUCUCUCCACCGUCGGAAAUCUGACACAACUCCGCACUCUCAGCCUCCGUUUCAACGCUCUCACAGGUCAACUCCCCUCUGACCUCGCCCGCUGCACCGACCUCCGCAACCUCUACCUGCAGGGUAACCACUUCUCCGGCGAGAUCCCGCCGUUCAUCUUCACUCUGCAGAAUCUCAUCCGUCUGAACCUCGCUGGCAAUAACUUCUCCGGCCAGAUCUCGCCGGAUUUCAACAAGCUGACCAGGCUCGGCACGCUCUACCUCGAGAACAACCAACUCGACGGUCAGAUCCCCGAUCUGAAACUCUCCUUUCUGGAGCAGUUCAACGUCUCCUUCAAUCAGUUGAAUGGAUCUAUACCGUUGGAUCUCCGACGGCAUUCGUCGGACGCCUUCAAUGGGAACUCGCUCUGCGGCAUGCCGCUGAUCCCGUGCCCCGGUGAGGAGAAUCCGUCGAAGAAGAAGCUCUCCGGCGGUGCGAUUGCCGGGAUUGCCGUCGGAUCGGCUGUAGCAGUCCUCUUGAUUCUCAUAAUUUUGAUCUUCCUCUGCCGGAGGAAGAGCAUCCGGAAGACGAGAUCAGUCGAAUCAGCGGCAUUGCCAAAGCCGGCGAUGGAUGACUUGGGUGGGCCGAUUGAGAAACCGACGGCAGCGAUGGCGGAUCGGGAGAAUGGGGUGGCUCCGAUGGUGGAGAUGGGUAAGAAAGGGGGAGGAGGGGAUACGAUUGUGAAUCAUGGGAAGAAGCUGGUCUUUUUUGGGAAUUCGAGGGGUUUUGAUUUGGAGGAUUUGCUGAGGGCUUCAGCUGAGGUUUUGGGGAAGGGGACGUUUGGUACGGCUUUCAAGGCGGUUUUGGAAGUUGGGGCGGUUGUGGCGGUUAAGCGGCUGAAAGAAGUUGGGGUUGAGGAGAAGGAGUUUAGAGAGAAGAUCGAGGCCGUUGGAUCGGUGGACCACGAGAAUAUUGUGCCGUUGAGGGCGUAUUAUUUCAGCAAGGAUGAGAAGCUCCUUGUCUAUGAUUACAUGCCCAUGGGCAGCCUUUCUGCACUUCUGCAUGGAAACAGAGGAGCGGGAAGGACACCGCUAAACUGGGAAGCCCGGUCUGGCAUUGCCCUUGGUGUGGCCCAUGCCCUUGAGUAUCUCCACCGUCGGGGACCCACCGUCUCCCACGGCAACAUCAAAUCCUCCAAUAUCCUCCUCACAAAAUCCUACGAAGCCCGUGUUUCUGACUUCGGACUCGCCCAGCUCGCAGCCCCCACAUCCACCCCCAACCGCAUCGCUGGCUACCGUGCUCCGGAAGUGACGGAUCCACGUAGGGUGUCCCAGAAGGCCGAUAUCUACAGCUUUGGCGUGCUGCUGCUGGAGCUGCUCACGGGCAAGGCCCCGACCCACACUCUCCUCAACGAGGACGGGGUCGAUCUCCCGAGAUGGGUGCAGUCGGUGGUCCGUGAUGAGUGGACGGCCGAGGUGUUCGACCUUGAGCUCCUGAGGUACCAGACUGUCGAAGAGGAGAUGGUGCAGCUCUUGCAGCUUGCGAUCGACUGUGCCACACAGUACCCAGACAAGCGCCCGUCUAUGUCGGAUGUGGUGCAGCGGAUUGAAGAGCUCCGGAGCACGAGCCUGCUGCCACAAGAGCUAGACCAAUCUCACUAUCUGAUCGGCAAUGCGAAUGGCGGGUCAUCUCGGAUGAUGAAUUCAGUUGAUGGGUCCGGGCCGCCACCACAUCCCACCACCCUCUUGGAUUGAAGGAUCAAUCAAUUUUAGCCGUUGGAUCUCGCAUUUGUUUGUUGAUGCUUAGGCAUGGUUUAAGAAGGGGGGGUUUUUUUUUUUUUUCUUUUCUUUUAUUUUCAUUAAGCACAACUGUGUAAUUUUUUCCCACUUUCAUAGCUUCUUUUUUUUUUUCAUUUAUUGAUGAUAUUGAGAUAUACGGUGAGUCGGUGAUAAUGGGGUGGGGUUUGUUGUUAUUGUUGUUGUUAUUGUUGUUGUUGAAGUUUGGGUGAAUAAUCAAAAGUGUAAUGGGAGGAGAGUAGUCUCAUUCGAUUGGUUAUUUGCUGUAAUUACAAUUGUUUAGUUUUGAAGUUUCUUUGUAAUUUUCU